UAUGAACAGGUCACGUGACGUGAGUGCAUCACCGAACAGAAAUCGCGAAAAUGGCGUCUGCUGCUGCUCUUGAUGAAGACUAUGAGAGAUCACUGGUUGAUGAACUGAGAGAUGUUGUUGUGAAAUGUAGAUGGCAAUGUUUGGGACAUAAACAAGAAUUCCAGGAAAAGACCUGUACCAGGAUAUUCUCGAUAGAUGGGGAAGAUGUUGUUUUGGUGUAUCUUCCUCCGGAUCGCUUCUAUGCAAUGGAUGUAACCUGUCCCCAUGCAGGUGGACCACUAGAUAUGGGAGAUAUUGAAGAGAUUGGAGGCCAUACUUGCCUUGUAUGCCCAUGGCAUGACUAUAACUUCAGAUUGGACAAUGGUGAAUCUACCUCUGGACUUCAGCAAGCUGUACAUGCAGUAAUAGUAGUGGAUGAACUAGUUUACAUAAAUUGCAGAGCAGAGCUGAUAACUUCAGCAGAAACCAGCAAUUCUUUAAAGGAUUCCCAACCUCCAGCCACAGACAUUGGUAGUUCUAUAAAGGAUUCCCAACCUCCAGCCAUGCAAGAUGAUGAGGCUGUUCAAGUAGGAGAAACACAUUUUGACGGCGCUAGUUUGUGUGAGGUUGCAGUGAGGAUUCUAAACGAAUCUAGCGCUAAAGAAAAGGUCAUUUUCACAAGAGAGACACACCAGAGAUGGAAAGGAGGAGACAUAAUAGACAUUGGAUCCUGUAAACCACCCCCAAUGCCAUGUAGGGAUAAGUCGCUUAAUAUUCUUCAGCCAGGCAAGAUCAAAAGAGGCAAAGGGGGCACUUUGGCAAGUAGGAUAGCAGUGCUUCAUUCACUAGCCAAUAUAGAGCAAUGGGCCAUAGACCUUGCGUGGGAUAUCAUUGCUCGGUUUUCUGAUGUGGUGCUUGGUGAUGGCUCUAAGUUACCUCAGGAAUUUUUCACUGAUUUCAUUCAAGUUGCUGAUGAUGAAGCAAAGCACUUUUCUCUCUUAGAAAGGCGACUUGAAAGCUUAGGAAGCAACUUUGGAGCACUGCCAGUUCAUAAUGGUUUGUGGCAGUCUGCUGAGGAAACAAAUGACAGCUUGCUUGGGAGGCUAGCUGUUGUGCAUAUGGUCCAUGAAGCUCGUGGUUUGGAUGUUCAUCCAAAAACUCAGGAGCGAUUUAGACGACAGAGUGAUGCUGAGUCUGUUGAGGUCUUAGACACUAUCUACAAGGAUGAAAUUACACACGUGGCUGCUGGUCUUAAAUGGUUUACAUAUGUAUGUAGACACAAUUCUCCUCCUAUUGAUUGCAUCCCAAAGUUCCAUGAAUUGGUUCGAGCUCAUUUCAGGGGCCAUCUGAAGCCUCCAUUUAAUGAAGUUGGCCGAGAAACCGCUGGCAUGUCUAAAGAGUGGUAUUUGCCGCUGGUGAAGUCAUAACCUAUUAUCAAAUCAUUGGAGCAGAGUUCAUCAUGUGUUAUGAACAUUUACGGUAUAAAGGAAACAUUUUGGACGUGACCGUAAACACUAACAUUUGAAGUUGAAUUGCCAUCAAUACUCUGAUUUUAUAGUUUUCUUAUGUCUAGUCACAUUUACUUCAGGCUUUAAUGUUAUAUCACUUUAUCACUUUGGUCAUUUUCACAUUGACAUUAAUAUAAAAGUUUACCUGCAUCCUUAUUUUGUGUUGUGCAAUCUAUUUAGGAUUAUGUAAACACAUGCUACUUUUUACUUUUAAAGGCAACAUUUUUAAACAAUUUUAUUUGGCAUCCAAUUGCUCUGUUUUCUUCCUUCUCAUACACAUCUAUUGUAUGCCUCCAGAUCUAGUAGUGAUGGUCUGUGAUAAUGUAACAAGUAUUGCUAAGUAUAUGAUUAAUGUUUACCUAUUCCUUAGAAUAAAUUCCUACUUUAAUCCUAUUAUGUUAUCCAAUAUACACAAGACUACCGUAUAUCAAUGUUAUAACUUUCGGGGCCUCCAUCAUAUUUCUCCCUCUAUUUAACUGAGUCUUACGUAUUAUUCUCUUCGUUUGUAUAAAUAUUUAACAAACAAAUGGAACAUGCCAAAUGUUAUAAUGUAUUAUACAACAUGUGAAAUAUGAAAAUAAACUGGAACUGAAACUGAAA